AUGGAAAGCAAGGAAUGUAUAGUAAAAACUAUGAUUCAUGCAGGAACAAAGACAAUUAAUUUUGUACCUGGAACCAAAGUAGUAUUUCAUUUUAAAACAACAAAAUGUAAUCCACAAAAAACAGUAAUAGAUGAUAGCAGAACUAUGGGAAAUCCAAUGGAACUUGUUUUAGGAAAGAAGUUUAAGCUUGAAGUUUGGGAAGCUGUUGUACAAAAAAUGACAUUAAAUGAAGUGGCUUGCUUCAGAGUUGAUAAAAGUCUAGUUACAGCAUAUCCCUUUGUAUCUAAAACUCUAAGAGAAGUUGGCAAGCCACAAUCAGAGAAACGUAGUCAUCAUUGUUGUGGUGUAACUUUACAAAAUGAAGGAAUUGGAUAUGAUGAUUUAAAUGAACUUAUCAAGUACCCACAGGAUUUAGAAUUUACAAUUGACAAAUUAUAUAAAAUGAAGCUUGUAUCAAAAAGUAUUGAUAGAGAUGGAAAAGGGAGUGUGUCCCUUAUACCAGAAAAUACAGAAGACAUGUGGCAUACAUAUAAUCUUAUUUGUGAAGGAAAUUUUGUUAGUGCUUCUACUAUUAGAAAAGUGCAAACGGAAUCUGCAACUGGUAGUUCUAACAGUUAUAGAGUUAGAACUACUCUUACUAUAUGCGUAGAAGGUAUUGAUUUUGAUACACAAGCAUGUGUUUUAAGACUGAAAGGUAGAAAUGUAGAGGAGAAUAAAUAUGUCAAGAUGGGAGCAUAUCACUCAUGUGAAAUAACACGAAAUCAUAAAUAUACCAUUACUAAAGCUAAAUGGGAUUCAAUUGCUUUAGAAAGAAUUGAUACUGCAUGUGACCCAGCACAGAAUGCAGAUGUUGCUGCUGUGGUAAUGCAAGAAGGUAUAGCAUAUAUUUGCUUAAUAACUGCCAAUAUGACAAUAGAUCGUGCAAAAAUAGAUCAAGUUAUUCCUAGGAAAAGGAAAGGAAAUGUUACACAGCAUGAAAAGGGAUUAACAAGAUUUUAUGAUAACAUAAUGCAAGGAAUUUUGAGACACAUUAAUUUUGAUAUUGUAAAGUGCAUCAUUCUUGCUAGUCCUGGUUUUGUUAAAGAUCAAUUCAUGGAUUACCUAGUACAACAAGCCAUAAACACGGAUAACAAACUAAUAUUAGAAAAUAAAGGAAAAUUUUUGCUGGUGCAUUCUAGUUCUGGCUUCAAACACUCGUUGAAAGAAGUUUUGGCUGACCCUGCUGUAAUGUCUCGAAUUUCUGAGACAAAAGCAGCAGGUGAAGUAAAAGCUCUAGAAGCAUUUUACACAAUAUUAGAGACUGAUCCAUUAAGAGCUUUUUAUGGGAAGAAGCAUAUUCACAAAGCUAAUGAAUCUCAAGCUAUAGAAACAUUAUUGAUCUCAGAUAAAUUAUUUAGAUGUCAAGAUGUUAAUGAACGGAAAGAAUACGUUGAGUUGGUUGAAAGUGUAAGAGAUUCUGGCGGAGACGUGAAGAUAUUUUCGAGCCUGCAUGUAUCGGGUGAACAAUUAGAACAACUUACUGGAAUAGCAGCUAUAUUACGUUUUCCGAUACCGGAAUUGGAGGAUGAAAGUGAUGGUGAAAGCGAUUCAGACGCAGACGCUUAA